AUGAGGUCCGGUGUGGUGGAGCAAGAAAGACAGGGAGGCAGAUCUUCAGUUGGGCGUCAGAAUAUCCGAGGGAGUACAGAGGGGCGAUUCUGCACGGUGUACGGUGUACGGUGGACUCCUCCACGGGAUGGCCUUUUCAAGAUCAACGUUGACGGCGCAGUUUUCUUGAACCAGAAAGCAGUGGGUGUUGGGGUAGUAAUCGGCGACAAUGAGGGCAGACUUGAAGCAGCUUUAAGCAAGAAAAUUCCGUUACCUUUAGGCACAGCAGAGGUGGAAGCAAAAGCUUUCGAGGUAGGCCUGCUUUUUGCAAAGGACGUUGGCGUUCGCGAUGUUGUUCUGGAAGGUGAUUCUAAAAUUGUUUAUAAUGCUCUUUGUAACUAUUCCUGGGCCCCAUCUUCAAUAGCUGCUGUGACUCACGGGAUUCAGGACAUGAGUGAAGAGUUUAGAAGUGUUGACUAUUCUCAUGUGCGGAGACAAGGAAACAUGCCGGCCCAUAUUUUAGCUAAAUAUGCAUCUAGCAUAAAUGAUUAUGUUGCGUGGAUUGAAGAGGAUCCUUGCUGUAUUAUGCAAGCUCUUAUCCAUGAUGUAAACUCCUUUUCGUAG